AUGAGGCCAGAUCAGUCUUACUGUGAUCGUUUGCAACAAGACAUGGCUUUUCUAACAAGCAAUGGCAGGCUGAGUGAGCAGCUGGUUGACAAAAUCAUCCUUCAGUUAAACAGAGUUUAUCCUCAAAUUCUUACCAAUAAAGAAGCAGAAAAGUUUCGAAACCCGAAAGCUUUCCUUCACAGUCGGUUGUCAAGUCUGAUAGCCCACUUGCAGAAGAAAGGUGACAAGCCCUGCCAAGAGUUUUACCGUGCUUUACAGAUCAACGCUGAACAGCUGUAUAACAGCUUGCCAAGCAGGAAAAUCCUAAAAACCUCAGAUUCUACAGGGAUAAACUCUGAGAAGGAGAUAUGUAUUCUAAAUGACAGGGGGCCAACAUUCUUCCUUGCUUGUUUCACUGUUGCAGCAGGAUUAGCAUUUAUCAUGUACUACUAUAACCCAGAGUCAAAAAUUCUAGGAAGAGCCAGGAAGGUGCUGGGUUUUUCACCAAUCAUCAUAGGAAGACACGUUGCAAAUAUUUGUAUGAUAUACAUGGAAGACUCAGCAAGGGAGCAAUAAGAAUAAACCAGUUCUGU